AUGAAACUUACCCUCCGUCCGGAGUGGAGGCUACGGCCGCUUUCGUCCUUCAUCGGCUUUCUCGACAUCAAGACGGGUGUCACAGUCGCCCUCCUAUUCGCGGUCCUCAACAAGGUCGCCGGCGUGUAUGGCCUCAUCGCCGUCCUGACUGGCGCAGGAGGCUCUCUAGCGCAGCUCAGCCUCUACGUAUACUCUGUUCUAGGACUCGUUGCACUCAUAUGGGGUCUCAAGGCCAUCAUGCGCGAAGAUCCAAAACAAACACUUUACUUCGCGCACCUGUUCUUCGCAGACCAUAUGAUCUCGACCGCAUGGCUCGUCUUCUUUGCGGUUGUCUGGUGGGUGUACACGCCCCACGACGGAAAAGUAGAAGCGAAUUCCGCAGCCCAGAAGGAGGUGAUGAACAGUGGCCCUGGGCAUAACCUGUCGGAGGAGGAACGCGUCGCCGCAGCCAUGACCAUAUGGAAUCAAGAGAAAGGGCUCGCUACCGCCAUGCUUGUCAUGGGAUGGAUAGUCAAGGUCUACUUCGCGGCCCUGCUGUACUCGUACGCGAUCCACCUCCGCAAGGGCUCCAUCGAACGGGGCCGCGAACGGCGCGGCCUACUCCACUUCUGCCCUUCCGACGAAGAUGAUGACGACGCCGAAGAAUUCUACCGCCUUCCCAUCCGGACACCCACCUCCGCGGCGGCGCCGAACACGCCCAACGGACGCACGGGCCACACGCCCACAUCCUCCAUCUCAAGCUUCACCGACUUCGUGGGCGCCCCCGGCCGCGCCCGCCGGGGAAAGCCGGGGAAGUCGAACCUCAGCAUCAGCGUGGGGACCAAGGGCGAGAGCGGGGUGGAGGUGCUGUUCGACGAAGACCUGCUCAACAGCGCGGGCCUCGGCGGCGGCAGCAAAGACGCAAAACCGGAAGACCGGCUACCGCUGAUGAGCGCGUCCGGCCCCUCGUCGUCGCACAGCAGGCGGGACAGCAGGAGCCGAGACUGA